GGGUGCCUUGGCUCGCGUUCCUCGGUAGAAAGCAAGCGCUGCUACUUCUCUGCUGAACCAGAGCAUCCAAAAAAGUCUGGAAUUUAAAGAGAAAAGAUCGCAAUCUGCCCAUGCGGAAAUAGACGGAGAUUUCAUGUCACCCAAAUUGCGUCCGACUGGUGGACUGGGGACCAGAGUGUUUACUUCGGAAAUUAGGAUUUAAUUUUAAGGACUCAAAAAAAGAUACUUUUCUUUUUUUCCACAUUAUUUAUACCAGUUAUUUUCGUACAUAUGCGUGCAUAUUUGUGUCAGGGAGCAAGGUGGACCUGAAGGGUUUCUUUGUUUUUUCUCGCAGAGAAGCAAAAGUGUCUUCAGUUGGAUCAAAGUGAAUUUUCACAUCGAAAAGCAGCAUGGACGUGCUGGCGAAUUAUAGUAUUUUUCAGGAACUCCAGCUCGUGCAUGACACGGGCUACUUCUCCGCGAUGCCUUCCCUGGAAGACAGCUGGCAGCAGACGUGCCUGGAACUGGAGCGGUAUCUGCAGACGGAGCCCAAGCGUCUGUCUGAGCUCUUCGAUGAGGGUCUGGAGGGCCUUCUCACGCCAGCCUUCCUGAAGGGGGACAGUGAAGAUGAGCUGUCGGAUCCGCUGGUGCCAGGCCCGGCCGAGCGGUCCGGCACGCAGACACAGCCCGUGCCACGCCCCCCGGCCACCGGGGUCAACGCCGCCCAGCUGAGUGCGGUAACAUCUCUCACGCCCCCUUCGUCACCGGAACUGGGCCACCACCUGAUUAAGCCACCACCACUGUCCACGGUGACACCCCCUCUAUCAGCCUCGGAGGGCACACUGACGCUUAAGCUCGUGGCCAAACGGGUGGGGCUGGCGGGGGCCAGGCUGGUAGCGGCCCGGGCGCUGCCUUCUAUCACAAGCCACAGUGUGCUGAGCGAUGAGGGCGAACAGGAUGGACCAGGGGUCCUGCCAGGGGGAGGCGACCUUCCGGAGAGCAAGAAGAGAGUCCAUCGCUGCCAGUUUAAUGGCUGCAGGAAGGUGUAUACCAAGAGCUCCCACCUGAAGGCCCACCAGAGGACCCACACAGGUGAGAAGCCGUACAAAUGCUCGUGGGAAGGCUGCGAGUGGCGCUUCGCCCGCAGCGACGAGCUGACGCGGCACUACCGCAAACACACCGGCGCCAAGCCCUUUAAGUGCAACCACUGUGACAGGUGUUUUUCCAGGUCGGACCACCUGGCCCUGCACAUGAAGCGGCACGUCUGAAUCGGCGUGCGCGGAUGUUUGUGUGCGUGAGCGUGAGAGAGCGAGAGAGAGACGACGAGCCGAGUGGGAAGCGUCGGCGCCCCGUUCAGGGAGGACACCCGACGAAGAUCAUCGGGGGGGGGGGGGGGGGUCCGAGGGCCGUCCAGAAUACGCCGAGGCAGCAGAGGGCAGCGUGAAAGAGUGACAGCUACCAGGCUUGCCUUUAACAUAUGCACACAGCCCAACCAUCUCUUUUUCGUCAGCAGAUUAGCCAUGCCUUACCUGGCUGGAGCUGGGAGUCAGACACUGCCAAGCAAUUUUGCUGAUCCAAGUUAUUCCCCAUUUACUGUUUUUUUCCAUUGCAUAAAACCCAGAGAGACUGUGGAAAAAGAAAAGCAGAGAAAAAAACAUUUGCAGACGUUGAAUGUCAGCGCACGGAAGUGGCGGGACUCUGGAGGUUUUGGUUAAGGUCUCUCAUGGGUCAUUUUCACAGUCUAAAAACUGCAGUUAUCUCAACCACAGAAAAAGGCCACUAGACCUAAAGUCUACAUGGAGACGUGUGGCAGCAGAAGCCUUGGAGCGCUGAAGCCGCUGAGGGGGAGUGUUUAAGGGCAGGACCCUGUUCUCUCGCCGUCAGACGUGUCGCCCACCCGGCAGACCCAAGAUUGGCGCAGAAGCACAUUCUCACCUUUUAACAAAGCGGCUCUCUUGUCUUUUAUUCUUAAUUUUAGGUAAUUAUGUCUUAAUACACUUUUAAUUGUUUGCUCUCUUUGCGGAAGGCAGAAUGCCUACAUAUGGAGGAAAAAAUAAACUCUGCAAGAAAAACAGAGGAGAUGAAAGGAAACUCAUGGUUUCUGGCACAAAAUGAAAGCAAAUUCUGUUUUUAAUUUUCUGUUCUUGAAUUUUUGUCAGAACAGUCGUCCACAAAGCAAACUUUGGACAGGCACCACGGCCAAAAUCCCCACUGGAGAGUUAAACGAAGGUGUGAUGCAGGCUGGCACCAGUGAGUCGAACGUUUGUCUUUGAUCAAGGUGCUUAUCCAUGCCUUCGAGAACUACACCCCCCCCCUGCCCGCCCCCCAACCGCUUGGCCAGGAGGGCAAUGCAAGUUGCAAAACUGUUAACAGUUUCAGUGUUGCCUGUGCAUUUUUCAAACAGGAAGAUGAAGACUCGUGAAAAACCCAAAAAUACAAAAAAAAAAGGAAACUGGUCACAUAUACAGACAGGACAAUUUCCAUGCUGGACGGGCAUGGAGGUGUUAGGGGUUAAGUACACACACACAAUUCAAAGCGAAACACUGCAUGGUGAACUCACGUACAGAUUGCUACAUACGUUUCCUGUCCCAGAACUUUCACAGUAGAAUUUUAGGGUUUUUGUUAUAUUACUUGGGACUGUGACUUUGGAAUUAGAAAUGAGCACAUUGCCGCCUUUUCUCCUUUUUCACUGUAACACAAAGCAUGUUUCCAGUUAAUUCUGAUGGCAUUAUUAUGAGUCCAUUGUCAUCACCAUACUCUGCUAUCUUGUGGUCAUCGCCAUGCUUUUUCCAUGAUUGUCAUGGUCAUCACCAUGCUCUGUUAUCUCAUGGUCUUCACCAUGCUCUGCUAUCCUUCUUGCCAUCUUUACCAUGUUCUGCCAUCCUCCUGGUGGUCAUCACUGUGCUUUGCUAUCCUUCUCACGGUCAACAACAUGCCGUGCCAUCCUCCUCAUAGUCGUCACCAUGUUCUUUUAUCCUUCUCGUGGUCAUUACCAUGCCCUGGUAUCCUGCUGAUGGUCAUUACCAUGCUCUGCUGUCUGUCAUGUGGUCUUCACCAUGCUCUGCUGUCCUUCUCGUGAUCUUCACGAUGCUCUGGUAUCCUUCUUGUGGUUGUGAUCAUGCUGUGGUAUCCUCAUGGUCAUUUCACUCUCUGCUGUCCUUCUGACUGCAUCAGUACUGGACCAUUGCAGAGAGGGCAACCCAUGCUGGAUAUAACUGAUCUUCCUGGACAAUCCUGUACAGCCUUCAGGGAGCAGUGCCAUCCAACCUGGCCCAUACCAAAAACCUGUAGCACGUACCUGCCAGCACGUGGUACCAGGGUCAGGGGUCUUUCACAUGGCACCACUGCCCCCUGUGUACCCACCACAAGCAGACCGACAUCCUAUCUCCACAACUUGCCACUUACAUACAUAUUUCAACUGUCUGUUUUUCUACUAAUAUGAUUGUUUUCUUCAACACUAAGAAGUUAUGCCAAAUUUUUAUUGGAAAGUGGGGUAUAUUUUCUAUGUUUACAUACAAUGGAGUUGCCAUUGUGGCACUGCUAGUGAGGGGUGGCGUGCAAGCCUGUGUCUGUGUGUCUGUGCCCAGAUGUGGUGAUGGUCGCUGUGGUAAUGCUUCUGCAUCGCUAUGGUCCUUUGGUGGCAUUGCAGUGAGACUGUAGUAACACAUGUCCUGGCCACCUGGUCAGAACAGUGAGCUCCUGAAUACUGUUGGCCUUGUCGUUCUUUGUACUUGGACUUUACAUUUGACUGCCAAACAGAGAAAGAGUCUCUUCUUUCAGAUCACCUUCCCUCUGCUUAUUUAUGUAGCUUGGUAUCUUGCACCGACACUGUCAUCCUUACCCUCCAAACAGUACAUGUCUGUCAGUAUCUGUUCCCAGUCUCUACUGCCCGACGUUGCCAGUCUGAGUGAUCAUGAGUAGAAUGAGGUUUGCUGAAAGGGGAUUGUAGCUCUUACCUUGGGGGUAAUCUUUUUGCAGAGCAGUUAAGUGCUGAUUGGGAAAUCCCAUCCAGUUCGCCUGUUUGUCAAAGCAAUUCUUGUCCUUGUGCAACUUGCGACACCACAAUCAUUUUGCGAGCGUGGCCACAUAAUUGUGGUCUCCAUCCAUCUAGGAACAUCUGUGACUGGUAACCACAUUCCUGCACAAUUUCCUCCAAAGGGACAGGAAUGAUUCAAGUGAAUGUGGUUAUGGAUAGAAGGGAGGGCUUUAAAACAACAGGAAUUGUGCAAAACAAGGCAGUAGCAAGCACACACAGAACAGUCUGUUAGCCUGCUGAGAAAAUAGAUUUGCCCAUUUCCAAGGCAAGUUACAAAAGAGAUAUUAAGACAAACGAAAUGUCCCUCCCAUUUUUGGAGGUUUGUUAUGCGUCCUAUCCCAUCAUGUCUGGGGAUGAGGUAUGAAGGUUGGAAUCACCUCUCCGGGAAAAAUGCCCCCUCAUGCAUUACAAAAACAUGAGCCAUAACAUACAGUAAUUGGAGAGUGAAGGAACAGGUGACAUUUGACCGUUCUGUGCGACCUCUUCAGUAAAUCCACUUGCUGCAAAGUUCAUGCUGGAAUUGUAUCUGGCUCUUGAAAGAUACAGUGACAGCAACAUUCAGCAUACCAUACAGAUAAAAUGGUCACCUUGACCUGAUGGUACCAGACAGUGCACGGGGUGGAAGGAGGGGGGUGAUUUUGUGUUGCGUAUUUUACUGAGAGAAUGAGCAAAAUAGCACAGACACAGUCUACAUGCCGGAUGCACCUUACGAAGUAGGACCCGAGGCCCAACACUUCUUGUUUCAGGGUCCUGAUGUUAUCUGGAAUUUGGCAGCUUUACACCUAACAUUCCCACUCAAGUGCCGAGCAGAGGCCAAUGAUGAAAGCUGGUUAGAUCCAUCUUAAGCGUCUGGAUGUCUUUUUGAGACAGCAAAUUGCAACACGAUUAUACAACACGCGCCAAGCGUAUCCUAGCACAAUGUGUGAAAGGCAGGGACCACCUUCACAUCCCGAUGGAGACUCUGUUGUCCCACAUGCUCUGAGGACCAGAUUCAAACAGCACACCCAUUGGCUCAGUUUAAUUGAAAGUGCUGUGGGCUGUUUGGAUCCGGUCGCCAGUCUGUUAGGCCGGUUUCCCAGCGCUUGGUAGCACCGCAGCGGGUUCCCCCCGUCCACUUGCUCUGCUCAUCCUGCAUUGGCUGCAUUAUACCUGGGGGCUCCCUACGGGCAUUUCUCCAUCUUUUGCUGACCCCAAUCCCCCUGACCCCAGCCGAGCGUCGCAGGUAGAGCACCUCCGAAGAUACGCUGAUCUCCUCGGCUUCUUUGUGGCUCUUGUUUCAGGGAGAACACGGCCAACAGCAGCGUCUCCCAGAGCACUUUCCUCACAUUCCGACUCCAGGCUCUUUCCCAGCUAUUCCGCUUCCAGGCUGGACUUCCCAACACCAUUCACGGUCUCUUACUGGUCAGGGCCCUCUGAGCUCACAUCAUCCGCUGUCAGAUCCUCACCUACCCCCUUCUCACUUUCCCUCCUUUUUUAUUUGCUGUACAAAGUGUUUAAAAUAUUAUUUGUAUUAUAUGAUGUUAGUAUGGUAAUGUUCUUUAUUAAGGAAAAAGAAGAAUUUAUUUUUGUUACUGGUCUGUUUCAUAAUUCUUUUUUAAAUUGGUAUUGUAAGAUAUCUAUGCAAGAACCGUUCUGUGGAGCAUUUUUAUUUAAGAAUGUAAUAUGUGUAAUAAAUGGUAGAAUCUA